UUCUUCUUCAUUUUUUUUUUUCAGAUUUUUGGUACAACCAUCAACUUCCAGAGGUACAAACCUUAUUGUCUAUAAAGAAAUCGAGUAAUCGAUCAUUCGAUUCGUUUUCUAGCGCUGAGCCUCGCCCUCGAGCUCUUUCGUCGUCCUUCCCCAGAGUCCCAGUUCACAAAUUGCAAUUGACAAAAGAGUUGUACAAAAGAAGCAGAUAGACGGAAAAAAAAAAGCAAAAAAGGUUGAUGGGUGAGGAAGCGGAGCUGGAGAGGAUUGUGGCGGGUCAGGAGGAUAAGAUGACCGCCGAGGCCGGAAGCGGUAGCCGGGGAGAUUACUCUCCCCUCGACAACAGCAACAAGAAUUGCCAUCAAAAUGAAACAGAUAAAGAAGAUGCUGCCCCAGCCUCCUCCUCCGCCUCCUCACCAUCAUCGGAGGAUAAAAUUAGUGUGAACAAGGGGAAAUCUUGCAAGGGCUGUCUGUAUUAUUCUUCAACUUUUAAAUCCAAUUCUCGCAACCCUCUUUGCGUCGGCAUCAGCCGUUCCCUUCCCCAUGUACCUCGAUAUAUGGUUAGCCAAUCUGAGAUGGAGGCCUCUAAAGAGGGCAGAAGGCUUACGGAUUUUAGAUAUGCAUGUGUUGGUUACUCGGUUUACCCUGAUCGGAAAGAUCAUCCACGUGAUAUAAAAGAGGGAGAAACAGAACUGCCUGUGUGUGUUGGAAUUGAGGUUCUAGUGGAUAGAAGAGUCACUAAUGCCGGGACUACUCCUGCUCAUGUCCAUAACAAAGAAGAUGGUGCUGGAAUUCCACAACCUCGUCCGCGUAAACCGGCACAGCCUGCUGGGGAUGAGUUCUUAACCAGGUUCACUAGAAAUGCGAACCUGGUUGCCAUGGGUGUGGUGAAGAACAUGCGUAAAGUAGGGAACCGAAUAAAAGAGAGUGUUGAUGACAUUCUUUAUCCUUAUCGAAGACGCCCAAAAUAAGAGGCGAGGCGAGGCGAGGCUUGUUUAGCACGAGUAAAGCGGUGGAACCUUGGAGCCGGAAGUGACCUCAUUUAAAAAAUAAUAAUAAUAAUAAUGUAUGUCAUAUUUUCUGUAGUGUUGUAUCUUCCUCUCCAUUCAGCCCCUUCGAUUUUUCUUCGUGCAAUGUUGUAAAACUUAAACGCGGCUGCUAGGCCAGGGAGGAAAAUUUUCAGCGUCAGUUUUUUUUGCGUAUACAACUCUUGAUUAGAACAUCCGCAUCAACAACGCUUGGUUAAGCUAUUAUAUGAUCGGGGGCUAGUUUAUUUUCGCCUUGCGAUUCUGCGAGUUGAAUAAUGAA